AUGAAAUUUUUAUCUACCGUAUCAUUUGGUUUUCUUGCUACUUCAGUUUUAGCAGCCACUAGAAACGUUCAAUUAUUCGUUACUUCAGAUAAUGAAGAAGUCAAUGGACAAGGUGUCAGUAGUAUCCAUGAAGGUGCAGGUGUCGAAUACGUAAGAGUCAGUGAAGCUGCUCAAACUUAUAUCUACAAUGAUGAAACAUUUGUUUUAUACAAAGAAAUUCAAGUUGGUGAAGAUACUGCUAUUCAAUACUUUGGUAUUGAUGGUAAUGUUUUACAAUUUUCAGUAGGUGUUGAAAGUAUUAGAGUCGAUAUUGAUGAAGCUGGUGUUGUCUCAUUUAUUGGUUCAGAUUCAGUUUAUGCUAGAAAAAACAUUAACGAUCCAUACAAUUAUUCAGAAGAUCAAUACUUCCUUGUCACUGAAGCUGGUGAAGAUGGUAUUCCAGUCGGUCUUUCAGCUGUUUUUGAUGAAGAAUCAGAAGAAGAACCAAGUGCUUCUGAAACUGAAGUUCCUGCUGAAACUGUUGCUCCACAUCCUAAUAAAACAGUUACAGUUUAUACUACUUGGUGUCCAGAACCAACCACUUUAACUUUAACCGUCUGCGAAUCAGUUUGUGCUGAAUCAAAAGUAACUGUUGAAUCAGCUGGUCCAGUCACAGUUUCAAAUGUUAUUGCUGAAGUUUCAACUUCAGUUGGUGAACCAGUUGCUACCGAAGCUCCAGUUGCUACCGAAGCUCCAGAAGAAGAAGAAGCUCCAGAAGAAGUUUCUCCAGAAGUUACUACCUAUGAAGGUUCUGCUAACAUGGUUACUGGUUCAGUUGUUGCUUUUGCUGCUGCUGCCAUUGGUUUAGUUUUUUAG